AUGCUCCGCUUCGGACGCCUGCGCAGAGCCGAGGGCCACGUUGCUUUUGCGGUGCCGGGUAGCAAGAUCUCAGCCAUGGCUUCCGCGGACUCCCGGCGGAUGGGGAACGGCGGCAGUGUCGGAGGCGCCUUCCAGCUCUACCUGGACUCCUUGCGGCAGGAACUGUGGCAGAGGGACCCGACGCUGCUGUCAGUCGUGGUGGCGCUCGUCGCGGUGCUGCUGACGCUGGUGUUCUGGAAGUUCAUCCGGAGCAGAAGGAGCAGUCAAAGAGCUGUUCUUCUUGUUGGCCUUUGUGACUCCGGGAAAACAUUGCUUUUUGUCAGAUUGUUAACAGGCCUUUACAGAGACACUCAGACUUCCAUCACUGACAGCUCUGCUGCCUACAGAAUCAACAAUAACAGGGGCACUAGCCUGACCUUGAUUGACCUCCCUGGCCAUGAGAGCUUGAGACUUCAGUUCUUAGAGCGGUUUAAGGCUUCAGCCAGCAAUACCUUACGAGUCACCCGUUCUGCUGCCCCCAGCAUACUGGACAGUUCUAGCACUGCCACUGCUCAGCUGGGAAAGAAAGGCAAAGAAUUUGAAUUCUCACAGUUGCCCCUCAAAGUGGAGUUCCUGGAGUGCAGUGCCAAGGGCGGAAGAGGGGACGCUGGCUCUGCUGACAUCCAGGACUUGGAGAAGUGGCUGGCUAAAAUCGCCUGA